CUGAAGCACCAAUAGCUGCCCCAACAGAGGCACCAACACCUGCCCCAACAGAGGCACCAACAGAGGCACCAACAGCUGCCCUAACAGUGGCACCAACAGCUGCCCCAACAGAAGUUCCAACAGCUGCCCCAUCAGCUGCCCCAUCAGAGGCACUUGGAACAGCCCCAAUUGAAGCACCAUCAGCUGCCCCAACAGAGGCAACAACAGCUACCCCAAAAGACGCACCAACAGCUGCCCCAACUGAAGCACCAACACCUGCCCCAACGAAGCAUCAACAACUGCCCCAACGAAUGCAACAACAGCUGCCCCAUCAGAGGAACCUACAACUGCCACAACUGAAGCACAAACAGCUGCCCCAACAGAGGCACCAACAGCUGCUCCAAUAGAGGCGCCAACACCUGCCCCAACAGAGUUGCCCACAGCUGCCCCAACACCUGUCCCAUCAGAGAUACCUACAACAGCCCCGACUGAAGCAUCAACAGAUGCCCCAACAGAGGUGCCAACAGAUGCCCCAAUGGAGGUGACAACAGCUGCCCCAACAGCCGCCCCAUCAAAGGCACCUGCACCAGCCACAACUGAAGCACCAACAGCUGCCCCAACAGAGGCGCCAACAGCUUCCGCAACAGAGGUGCCAACAGCUGCCCCAAUAGAGAUGUCAACAGCUGCCCCAUCAGCUGCCCCAUCAGAGGCACCUGCAACAGCCCCAACUGAAGCACCAACAGCUGCCCCAACAGAGGCACCAACAGCUGCCCCAACAGAGGCACCAACAGAGGCACCAACAGUGAUAACAACAGAAGCACCAACAGCUGCCCCAACAGAGUUGCCAACAGCUCCCCCAACAGAAUUGCCAACAGCUAUCGCAACAGAGGCACCAACAGCUGCCACAACAGAGGUGCCAACACCUGCCCCAACAGAGGUGCCAACAGCUGCCACAACGGCUGCCCCAUCAAAGGCACCUGCAACAGCCCCAACUGAAUCACCAACAGCUGCCCCAAAAGAGGCACCAACAGCUGCCCCAACACAGGCACCAACAGAGGCACCAACAGCUACCCUAACAGAGGCACCAACAGCUGCCCCAACAGAGACACCACCACAGGCACCAACUGAAGCACCAACAGCUGCCCCAACAGAGGCACCAACAGCUGCCCCAACAGAGGCACCAACAGUGAUAACAACAGAAGCACCAACAGCUGCCCCAACAGAGUUGCCAACAGCUCCCCCAACAGAAUUGCCAACAGCUGCCCCAACAGCACCAACAACUGAAGCACCAACAGCCCAACAGUGGCACCAACAGCUGGCCCAACGGCAGCACCAACUGAAGCACCAACAGCUGCCUCAACAGAGGCACCAACAGCUGCCCCAACUGAAGCAACAACAGCUGCCCCAUCAGAGGCACCUACAACAGCCACAACUGAAGCACCAACAGCUGCCCCAACAGAGGCACCAACAGCUGCCCCAAUAGAGGCGCCAACAGCUGCCCCAACGGAGGUGCCAACAGCUGCCCCAACACCUGCCACAUCAGAGGCACCUACAACAGCCCCAACUUAAGAACCAACAGCUACCCCAACAGAGGUGCCAACACCUGCCCCAAUAGAGGUGCCAACACCUGCCCCAACAACUGCCCAUUCUGAGGCACCUAC